AUGCGAAAGCAAGUCCUAUCCUUAACGGAAGCCGCGGCUGCUAGAAUACGCCAACUCCUUGAGCAGCGCCAGCGCUCUUUCCUCAAGCUCGGUGUCAAGGCUCGAGGCUGCAACGGCUUAUCCUACACCCUCAACUAUGCCGAUGAGAAAGGGAAGUUUGAUGAGCUGGUCGAUGAUAAAGGAGUCAAGAUAUUGAUUGAUCCAAAGGCCCUUAUGCAUGUCAUAGGAACCAAGAUGGACUUUGUUGAUGACAAACUGAGAUCAGAGUUCAUAUUCAUCAAUCCAAAUUCUAAAGGGCAGUGUGGCUGUGGAGAAUCCUUUAUGACAAUGAGCAGCUCUGAUGCAGCCAAGCGUGGCAGCAGCUCAAGUACUUAG